UCUUGAGCCAGAGGAGUUCUCCGGUCAAAAGGAUGUGAACAGAUCUCCUGAUUCGUGUGGAGCUUCGAAGCGAGAACGUCUCGAGGCUGAUUUUGAUGAGGAUAUUGGAGCUUCAAUCCAGAAAUCUAACAGAGUGUCUGGCAAUGCAGUUAAAAGGGAACUGGAAACAAAAGAUUCACGGAUUAUGGCACCUUCAAAGAAGUUAGAAUACUCUAAUCACGACAAGGGGAAGCAGAAAGCCGCUCCUAAGAAGCCAAAUAUAGCAACGAAAGAUCCUGGUAAGACAAUGAAACAGGCUUCUGCCCGACCACAAACUUCUCAGGCAUGUAUUCUGCGUAUUAACAUUCAAUUAUUGCUUCUGUUGAAUACUCUUUACCACAUGAGUUAUAUCACUGCAGAUUCUGAUUUUAUUUUUCGUUUUACAAACACCGAAUCCUAUAGACUGUUUGUAGAAGAACGGUAUCAACUCCAUCUCUUCGUAAGCCACUGAAUGUACUGGCCAGGAGGGCUUCCUUGGGUGCUAAGGAUUUCACAAUG